AUAAAUAUGUAUCCAGAUCAUUCUUCUAGGGAUUCUCAAUUCUUGAACAAAAUCAUCAUGGAAUCAGCGAAUUUUAAUCAGCAUCAUGAUCAGCCGUUACAGCAACAGGAGCAUCAGCAGCAGCAGCAACAGCUUAUCUAUCCUGCUUUUUCAUCGUCGACCUCUUCCUCAGCUACACUAGUCUCAACCGUGAAUGGUCAGUGGAACCCCAGCAUGGUCUUGGAAGGAGAUGACUUCAGCAGAUACAUGAAUGAAAUCCUUCCAAAUUCGAGGGACUACUUUUGGCCAAAGAGUAUCAACUCAGUCCCUUCUGUCAAAAAAUCGCUACUCGAAGUUGAUCAUGAAGAUUCUAAUUGUCGUGAUUUUAGAAGCUAUCUGCAUCAUCCAUUGCCCAGUAAGGGUGGCAUUAAUCCAGGACUUUUCCUCAAAUCGGAUGACAUGAAUGGGAGCAUAUUAAAGAACAGCUACAUAAAAAAUGGGCAGCAAGAUGUGUCAAUAGACCUAAACGAGAAUCUUUGGAUUGGUUCCUUCUCCCACAGCCACAUCAACCAGAAGCUUUCAACUAAUGAAUCCUACUCAAAUGGGGAUGAUUUUGCUAGUUUUGUAGGUCUACCACCAUCUCCUCCAAAUUUUAUGUCCAGCGGUACUUCAGAAAGCACAGAUCAGCAUCAACUUUAUGCCUCUACUUCUUUACUUCCCACUUCACAAAGCUUGCCUUUGGCCACGGAGAUCCUGAAUUGCAGAAACUUUGAUGAGGGUCGUCGUACUCAUGAAUCCUUCGAAGAAAGAAUGUCUUCGGAUUAUUGUCACCUCCGACAAUCAAGUGAUAGUCCAUCAAACAGCUCCAACAAAACAUCAACCUUCAGGAAAGAAGUUUCAAGACCGAAAACCCAAAAACCAACGCCAUCCCUUGCAAUGGCCAAGAAACCUCGAGUACUGGCACCGCAAUCUUCAUGUGCAACCCUUAAGGUCCGAAAGGAAAAAUUGGGAGACAGAAUUGCAGCUCUUCACAGAUUGGUCUCGCCUUUCGGCAAGACGGAUACAGCCUCAGUUUUGACGGAAGCCAUUGGGUACAUUCAGUUCCUCCGAGACCAAAUCCAGACAUUGAGUAUGGCGUAUUUGAAAUCAUCUCGCAGCAGCAAGUCCUGUCGAGCAACUCGUGGACAGGAGGUUUUGAGCAUGAAAGAAGACGAGGAUGAAGAAGAGCGGGCAAUGCAUGAUCUGAGAAGUAGAGGGCUGUGUCUGGUACCCCUUGCUUUCACGUCAUACGUAUGUUGCUCUUACAAUGGGAGUAUCUGAUCCCCAAAGGGCUGCUACCAUGUUUUAACUCCGCCAAAAAAGAUAAACAACAAUAACACUGCUGUCCGCUGAUAUACUGCUGAAAAUUAGUCCUCAUUAUAUAUAUAUAUAUAUCUGAUUGUAAAAGUGAUUUUAAUUACAAGAACAUGGGGGCAACUCAUAUGCUUUUUUCACAAGGAUGGGGAUUUCUGAAAGGUGGCAUGCAUCCGUUUCUCAUUAUUUGGUUGAAAGGAAUGAAGCUCUUGUCGGUCGGGUAUAGAUUGAUGUCGCGUCCUGAAAUGGAAAGGCACCUUCCCUCGUCUGUUUUUUUGCUGGGUGAUUUGUUUGUUAUAAGACAACAAGGUACAGUUUUGUUGUAUUCUCUUUUAGGCACCUUCCCUUGUCUUUUAAGUUUUGUUGUAUUUUACGGAUAACUAUUAUGAUCA